CCUGUUUUUAAGGGUUCUUGAGGAUGAGGAAGCUCUGGCGAUGGCGACGCGCCAGCUUGCGCCAGGGAGAAUGCCGUGGCGCGGGUUGUUUGUUUCGAGCAUAUCGACGCAAUGCGGGUCUUCCAGUGAUUUGUUCGGUGUCUCGGCAUUGCUGCGGCUAGGAGGAGCAAAGGCGGCGCUGGAUUAUCUCGAUUCCAGGCAAGGUCGAGAUGGUUUCUUGGAUUCUUCCACGCUCGCGAGGUUGCUGCUGGAUUGUGGAAGAUCCAGCGCUCUCGCGGAGGGCCGGCGCGUCCACGAGUACGUUGUGAGAUCCAGGUUUGUCCGCGACGCGUUCCUUGGCAAUCACCUCGUCCAUAUGUAUCUCAAGUGCCAGAGCUUCGACGAGGCCGAGAGGGUUUUCCAGAGCGCUGCUUGUGAGAGCUUUGAUGUUGCAACGUGGACAGCAGUGAUCGUCGCUAGAGCGGGGCUCGGGAAAUGGAAGUUGGUGUUUGGUCAGCUGGAUGAGAUGGAUCGGAGAGGGAUUCCACCGGACAGGGUCAUGAUCAAGACGUUGUUCACUGCUUGUACCAAGCUCGGUGCUCUGGAAGAAGGGAAACUUAUCCAGGAUCGUCUAGCAGGAACCCAGCUCGAGCUCGAUAUUGGUGUGCUCAACCUCACGAUCAACAUGUACGUGAAGUGUGGUUGCCUAGAUGGAGCAGUGCAAACUUUCGCGAGGAUGAAGCGACGGGAUGUGGUCUCCUGGACUGUGAUGAUCGGAGCUUACUCACAGGAUGGGAAGUUCAGCCUCUCGCUCCAGCUCUUCCGGGAAAUGCUGCUCGAAGGGACUGCUCCAAACAGUGUCACCUUUGUCAGUAUCUUGAGCGGCUGCGAAGCACCAUCUUUACUCGAGCAAGGGAGGCAGAUUCACGCUCUAGUGGUGGAGAGCAGUCUCGAGUCACACGUCGUUGUAGCGAAUUCUCUGCUGGGGAUGUAUAGCAGAUGCCGCAGCUGGGAGGAUUCGAGAAGUUUGUUCGACAGAAUGAGCGUCCGAGACUCGGUUUCAUGGUCGACGAUCAUCAUGGCCUGCUCUCGGGAGGAUUCCCACUGCAGGGAUGCUCUCCCGCUUUACCGCUCCAUGCUCCACGAAGGUGUGAUGCCGAAGACGUUAGCUUUGUCGAUGGUGCUCGAAGCUUGCGGGAGCUUGGCGGAACUUAAGGGUGGCAAGCUCGUCCAUGCACACGUUAUAGAGAGCGGCUUAGAGGGCGACCUUGUGGGGAUAUCACUCGUCAACAUGUACGCGAAGUGCGGUACCGUGGGGGAAGCUCGCAAAGUUUUUGAUAGGAUCAACAACCGGAGCCGGAUUCUCUGGAACUCGAUGAUCACAGCAUACCAAGAAAAGGAUCCUCACGAAGCUCUCCAUCUCUUCCGAGAAAUGCAGCCGGAAGGCGUCAGUCCGGACAGGAUCACCUUCAUGACGGUGCUCAACGCGUGCGUCAACGCAGCGGAUUUGGAGAACGGGAGGACGAUCCACACCAGGAUAGUCGACAGUGGAUUCGCAGCGGACGUUCGCGUUGCGACGGCUCUCUUCAACAUGUAUGCAAAGUGUGGAAGCUUGGGAGAAGCUCGAGGGGUUUUCGACAGCAUGGUAUUUCGGGACGUUGUGUCGUGGAACAACAUGAUUGCUGCCUACGUCCAGGGCCGCGAUGGAGAGGGCGCGAUCUCACUCUGCUGGGCAAUGCAGCUCGAAGGUAUGCGACCAGACAAAGCAACUUUUACUAGCCUGCUCAACGCUUGUUCGGAUCCUAAUCGUCUCGUCGAUGGCCGACAGAUUCAUUCGUGGAUCGCGGAGAGCCGGCUGGAGAAUGAUAUAGUCAUGGUGACGGGACUCAUCACCAUGUACGCCAACUGUGGGAGCCUGAACAACGCGAGAGAAAUCUUUGACAACAUCUUCUCCAACAGUCGGCAGCACCACCGGGACUUAUUCCUCUGGACGUCGAUGAUUACUGCCUACGAGCAGCACGGCGAGUACAGGAAAGCUCUCGAGCUCUACGAGCAGAUGCACUCUAGACAGGUCGAAGCGGACAGGGUGACUUUCAUCUCGGUUCUCAACGCCUGUGCGCAUCUCUCCGACUUACGCCAAGGCCAGGCCAUCCACGCUCGUGUCAUGCGAAGAGGGCUCGCGACAGACGUAGCAGUGGCGAAUUCCAUCGUAUUCAUGUAUGGGAAGUGUGGGAGCUUCGACGAGGCCAGCAUAGUCUUCGAGAAGACGAAGCACAAGGACAUCUCCUUGUGGACUGCCUUGAUAGCGUCCUACGCUCGUCACGGUCACGGUGAACAGGCUCUCUGGAUCUUUCGAAGGUUGAGGCAGGAUGGCAUCGAGCUCAGCAACUUAACGUUCGUCGCCAUGCUUUCCGCGUGUAGUCACGUCGGUCUCAUCGAGGAAGGCUGCGAGUUCUUCGCCUCCAUGGCCGAGCUCGGGAUUGAGCCGAAUAUGGAGCACCACAGCUGCUUGGUGGACUUGCUCGCAAGGGCCGGGCAUCUACACACCGCGGAGGAGUUCCUCUCGAGAAUGCCGGUGGCAGCCAACACCAUAGUUCUCACAGCCUUGCUCGCUGCUUGCCGAGUUCACGGUGACGUCGAGAGAGCUCGUCGUGUUGCGGAAAAGCUCGAGGCCUUGGACCCGGAGAGUGAAGCACCAUACGUGACUCUCUCGAACAUUGAGAUGGGUGAUCAUUCCAUCUGCUACCUUUGAGUGACUUACACCUGACAAUGAGCGUUGGAUAAGAUGCCUUUUCUAUCUUAAGAGGACUAAAUCUGUGUCCUUGCGUUAAGGGUAAGUAGCUGUUUAAAUAGAUUCUAAGCCUUGUAGUUCCGUCGUGAUUCUUCUUCUCUUUCGUCAACAUAGUUCCUUGUCGGUA